AAGUCUAUUUUAAGUCUAUCUCUUUUUCUUAGUUGCUUUCAGUACACGUUGUACUGUGAAUGAUGUGAUUUUAAACAACUAAUUGAUUAUUUAAAAGCAGUCAGCUGAUCACUUGAUGAUGAAAGGAAUGUUUCAGAGGUAACACUGCUUUAAAAAGCUCCUCAUAGUCUGAGUCACGAACGCUAACCCUAAAAGAGUGAAAAGCUUGCUCCAGUGACUCAGUGGAUUUUCUCUGACGAGCUUCUCUUUUUGGAGGAUGAGUCAUCAGCUCAUGACAGAACUACAGAAGACAGUUUGAUCCUUUAUUGAUUUCUCCUCUUUGCAGUGCAGCACUCAGUAGGAUGAUCAGCAAUCAAGAAGAAGAUGAGUUUGUGGCGGUGCGGGUUCAAGAUCCCCGCAUGCAGAACGAAGGCUCGUGGAAUUCAUACGUGGAUUAUAAAAUAUUCCUCCAUACCAACAGUAAAGCCUUCACAGCCAAGACGUCCUGUGUGCGUCGGCGCUACAGUGAGUUCGCCUGGCUCAAGAAGAAGCUGCAGAAGAACGCCGGUUUGGUGCCAGUCCCAGAACUUCCAGGAAAGUUCUUCUUCUUCUACUUCAGCAACGAGGACUUCCUGGAGAGGAGAAGGAAAGGACUUCAGGCCUUCUUGGACCAUGUGGUGAACAUGACGGUGUGUCUGUCAGACAGCCAGCUCCACCUCUUCCUGCAGACCCAGCUGCCGGUCGGUCACAUCCAGGACUGCGUGCAGGGUCACACGCCCUACUCCGUGACGGACGCCAUCCUCACGUACGCCUCGUCCAAUCGGGGCUACGCUCAGGCCCAGGAGGAAGACUCCAUCAAGGAGCCGAGUCUGACAGUUUCUUAUGAGUCCAUGGAGAGCCCAGCUCCUCGUCAACCUAAAGAGAUCUUCAGCCCGGAGCUCUUGUUCUGCGAUGACUCUAAUCCUCCUGAAGACUUACUGGAGAUCUGUGACGAAGACACAGUUGAGCUUCAGCACGAGGAGGAAUCCUCAGUCAGGGUCAUCCAGAAGAACGACCACCUGGAGGCCGUUGUUGAGGACUGUGGUCCGACAGAGGCAACCUUUUUCCUGGGUGACGGCCAGGUUGCUCCUGAGAGUCUCGGCCUUCCAGAACUGAUCCAGCAGAAGAGCUGUCGGGUGCAGAUACAGACUCCUGUGGAGGUGCACUCACCCAUGGGGGCUGGCUUUGAGAAGGAGUGUUCGGUAAGAGAGGAGAGCGUUACGUUGUCAGAUAGAGCAGAAAAGACUGGUCCUCAUCCAGAGGAGGAGAAGGCGGAUCAAUGGGAAAGUUCUGGAGAUGGUCCUCAUCCAGAGGAGGAGAAGGCGGAUCAAUGGGAAAGUUCUGGAGAUAGUCCUCAUCCAGAGGAGGAGAAGGCGGAUCAAUGGGAAAGUUCUGGAGAAGCAAAGAAGGAAAAUGUCGAAUCUGAGCCAGAAAAAUGUGCGAACUCUGCAGCAAUUUUAGAUUUUAAGGACGGUGGCUUUGAGGAACAGGGAACAGAAAGCGACGCCGGAUCUCAGGAGGAAGUUCUGGAAGCCGUCUGCUCUGAGCAGCAGGUUGUAGAAACUCACGACAUCUCUGAAGAUAAAGGUCUCGACCACGUCGACGGCACGGAGGUUCACGAGGAAGACGCCAGCUCUCCGGAGGAGUUUAAGAACUCGGACGGACAGAAAGAGCCAGACAACGAAAAAGAAGAGGAAUCCGAGAGCAAAGCGGAGACGCCGCUUCAGUCGGAAAUCCACGAAGAGACUCGCGAUGUGCUCAGUGUCCCAGAGGAGGAAGGCAGCGGCGAUGACGACCUCGUUCAACAAGUGGAUCUGGUUCGGAUCACAGGCGACAGCGACGAGGACGGACGCUCGUCUUCGAACGACAGUAUCGUCCAGGUCAGCGAUGAAGAAAGCCUUUGCGACGACGCCGAGGACUCGAUCCAGGCCGCCAACGGCUACGUGGAGAUGCCUUCUGAGGAGGUCCACUGGUCUCCAGUAGAGGCCUCCAGCAGGAACAUUUUGGACCUACACUCGAACGGACACUCUGUGGAAAAAGACGACAUUUCUGUCCACGAGGACGAGGACCAGCAACACAUAACCGACAUCAGUGACUCCAGGAAAUCUCUGGAUUUGAACUUGACUGUAACUGGAGAUUUAACCGAAAAUAGUGACUUCAGCAUCAUAGAGAGCAGCAGCAUUAGUUAAGACACAGAGCCACAGCGAAGGAUUGUGGGAGUUGCUGUCUGCCAAAGACGCAUUCGAUCACAUGCACGUAAACAAGGAAGUACAUAAAAAUGUGCUCGUUCUGUUCCGUCGUUGAAAUGUAGAUGAUCCGGUCUGUCACACGUGUUGUCAGUCGAGCUUCUUUUGUUUUAAAAUAAUGUAUAUUUAAUUUAAAAUGUGCAUCUCCAAUAACACUCAGGUAAACUGAACACUCUGUGGUGGAUGACUGGAACCAGCAGAGGGCGCUCUAGUUCACAAAAGCAGCUUCGGGUUUUAUUUUGUUGUUUUUAAUCCAUAAAGAUCUAAAGGUUUUAUUGUUGUGUGAACAUACAAUGUGAUUUAAUUUUUACUUUAAUGUUGUAGGGAACUUUGUGACAGAAAUAUACACUUGAAUUAAAGGAGAGAUCCACAUGUUUUGCUUUUAAAGUCUGUAUUAACUCCGUUUGGACUUUAAAGAGCGUUUGGUUGCUGUAGUUGUUCCUUGUCCUUGAGUGAGACAAGUCAAAUCUAAAAUCUAUUUCUAUCUGCGUUUACGUGCAGAGUUGCAGAGGAGGGACAGUAAAACACAAACUUCAUCCAGUUAAUUUGUCUCACUCAGACUGCUGAAGCCUCACAGUAACUGUAGUGAAACUUUGAGGACGGUUUGGACGAGAGAAACAAUCAUGUCGACCAACAACAGUCUGAAUCCUUCUGUAGAGUCACUCACUUAAUGUGAAGCUCAUAAAACCACUGUUUUAAGUUAACCACUGUGUUCUAUGGAGUCCUGAUGAUGAUCCAAGUACACACAAGUCACUCAGGAUGCUUUGGUUAAACAUUAAACUGGUUUGGAUUGAGGGAAUUGUUCUAAAAUGAUGUUUCAUAGGCAGCAGUGUUCACCUGAUAUUUAUUAUUAAAGGAAAAUAAUUGGUUAUGUUAAUUAAAUUAAAAGUAAUUGCAAUAGACAGCGACACCUUUUCAGUCUCGUGAUCUUGAUAAUAAUAAAUGUGCAUUCUUGUAUUGCUCUGCUCUUUAACUGGACCGUGGUUUAAAUACACGGACUAUCAGCGGAGGUUUACAUGUUUAGUUCACUGUAAUACUGCCUCUACUCAAACUAACAAGAACUGCUUUAAGGGAUGUUGUUUUGAAGUGUUUAUAUGAAGGACUUAUUCAUAAGUCAGUGAAUUAUUAUCUACAGUAGCUUGAGUUUGGAGAAACCAGCUAACAUCAGUUUAAGUGGAUGCUAUAUGUGGAAUAUUUUCACUUUUUUACUUUGCUGUAAAACAGCUUUCUGUUGAAUUGAAGUUUUUAUCUAUGUUCUCUUCAAAGCCACGAGACUCGACUUUCACAAAAACAGAACAUGUGAGUUGCUGAUCCACCGCUGCAUCUAUCAGUCAGUUUUUAUGUGACUCAAUCAGAAGCACCCUUUAAAACAAGAGUAUGUCAUAAAACCGCACUUCAAAAAUCCAAACUAUCUCUUCAAGGUGAUCUUUUUAUGAAAACAGACUUAAUUCACGUUAGUUUGAUCUCCACAUUGUUUUCACACUACUCCUGUUCAAAUUCAAAUAAAUGUUGCUUUUAUUAAAGGGAGCCGGUUUAUUGGUUUAUUGUCCUGUUGCACACAGAAAUGAGCCUCAUCACGAGUCGUGUACUCGGUGGAUAAUAGAAGACUGGGUGUUACUUUCUUCCUGUAAAACUGAUUUUAUUAUAUUCCUCUUAUCAAACACAUCUCAUGGUUUUAAGAGAUUUGUGCAAUCCUGCCGCCUAGUGGCUGAAGAUGAAACUGUUUAAUGACCCCACACAGACAAAUCACACACAAGCAGUAAAUGCUGUUCAAAUCUCUGAAAAAAAAAUCCACUUACAAUGUAGUUAAAAACAUUCUGCAUAAUGUACAUCUGCUGUUUAAAAAAAAAUGUAUUUCAGUGAUGAAACAAGAAAAAAGUGACAAACAAUCUUCUUAUUUCUCAUUUUAACCAGUGAAUUGAUAAAUGUACCGGUCCAUAAUAAUGAAAUAAUUUGCACUAGAGCUGCAGAUAACAUUAUGUUAUUUCCAUGAUUGAGUAUUCUGUUGUUUUUCUGAUUAAUCAGUUAAUAUGUUAGUCUGUGAAAAAUCUAAAAAGUCUGAAAAAAGUCCCGUCACAAUCUACCAGAAGCCCAAUAACGUCUAAGUCAAAAACACAAAUAUGUUCAAUUUAUAACAAUAUAAAACAGAACAGAAGACAAUCCUCACAUGUGAGAGGCUUUUCUUGAUACAAUGACAAUUAUUAAAAUGGAUCUUAUCUUCUGUCGGUAGACUAACUGAUUAAUCUGCUUCCGCUGUGGUUUGCACAGUAAUAUUAAAGGUUUUAAAGGUUUUACAUGUGGGUAAUAGUGGACAGGAAUAAGCACCGCUGAUUUAGGCCUACAUGAUACAACUUACAGUCUUAUGAAGGAGAAUCAUUUUCAAAUUACAAAACAUUAUCUGUGAGAUUCAUGGCCGGACGCGUUGGCAGCAGCGCUGUGAAAAAAAAACACAGCAUCAGAG